CCCCCACCCGGCCGCUUCGGGUGCGGUGCCGGUACAGCCGCGCCCUGCCGCGGGGCCCGGAGUGCGGCGUGCAGCCGUCAUCCCCGCCCGCCUCGCCCCUGUGCGUGCUCGGUGCUCCGCGCAUCCUUCCCGCCGCGGGCCCUGGGGCGAGGCGGGAAUCGCUGCCUUCGGCGGGGACGGGGACCGCGGGACGGAGACAGCCGAACUUCGGCGCCUGGGCUGGGGGAGGGUGGGUAACGGGCAACCCAGAAACCCCAUUCAAGAAGCGGCGGGGCGGGGCGGGCGCUCCGGGGGUUAGCACACCCGGCGCGGCACUUGCCGCCGCCGGGGUCCCGCCGCCGCACUCACCUCCCGCGAGUACGGCCCGACCCGGCUCCCCGCGCAGCCGCAGCCGCGGGGCGGAACGCCCGCCGCCGCCGCGCUCUCCGGCGUACCACGCGCCCCACGUGCCGCCGCCGCCAUGGGCGUGCUGCCGGUGCCGGCGGAGGUACACGCCAUCCUGCUGGACAUCGAGGGCACCACCACCCCCAUCGCCUUCGUCCAGGAGACCUUGUUCCCUUACAUAAAAGACAAUGUGAAGGAGUAUCUGCGCACUCACUGGGAGGAGGAGGAGUGCCAGCAGGAUGUUGGACUUCUGAGGAAACAGGCUCAGGAGGACUCCAGCUUGGAUGGGGCUGUGCCAAUUCCUUUGGAGAGCGGAAGCGGUGAAGAGGAGUUGGAGCGGGUCAUCCAGGCGGUUGUAGACAAUGUGCACUGGCAGAUGUCUCUGGACAGGAAGACUACAGCACUGAAGCAGCUGCAGGGUCACAUGUGGAGGGCAGCCUAUGCAACCGGGCAUGUGAAAGGAGAAAUCUUCGAGGACGUGGUUCCAGCCAUCCGGAAGUGGCGGGAAGCAGGGAUGAAGGUCUAUAUCUACUCCUCGGGCAGCAUCGAGGCUCAGAAGCUUCUGUUCGGAUACUCUACAGAAGGUGAUAUCCUAGAGCUCUUUGAUGGCCACUUUGAUAACAAAAUAGGCCCCAAGGUAGAAAGUGAGAGCUACAGAAGGAUUGCCGCCAGUAUUGGGUGCGCCACCAACAACAUCCUCUUCCUGACAGAUGUCCCUCGAGAGGCCAACGCAGCCGAGGAAGCAGAUACUCACGUGGCUGUGGUGAUCAGACCAGGCAACGCAGGACUGACGGAUGAUGAGAAAUCAUAUUACAGCCUCAUUUCAUCUUUUACUGAACUUUUCCUGCCUUCCUCCACUUAGGGAAAGGUGGUGCACACACAAAAGGCAGUGCUUCACCUGAAUUGUCUUUGUGUAACAUUAAGUAAUUUUGUCCCUAAUCAAAAUUUAAAACAAAACCCACAUCAUAUCUUGGACCUGCAACUAGUGCAGGCAAGUAUGGAUGGAGCAUAUGGUGUGUGGUCCCUUGUGUAGUAGGAUGGAGGCCUGCAGCAGCCAGCUGGAUCUGGGAACAGGGUGAGAAGCAGCACCCAUGAAGCCUGCUGUUCCUCUCCUUUCCCAACUAGUAAUCAGGGGGUGCUUUCUUCAGAUUCACACUUUGAAAUCUGUUGCUGAGAUGCCCCACCAUGAGCCCCCAUCAUUUUUAGAAAGUCUGCAAACAAGCUGUAUGUCCCCCUGUCCCAGAGGGACCUCCAGGGACCAUGAGGGUGUAUAAGCAUCUCCCUGCAGACAGGGUUGCUGGCUAAGUCAGAACUUUCAAAGUUAGCAGGGUUAGGAUGCGCAAUAGAAAAUACUAAACAUGGGCUAUAAUACAGUAGGUUUGAGCUGCCACAGAAAAAGCCAGCCCUUGCUGCAGGCAAGCUCUUUAGACCAGGAACAACUUAAAUCUUGACUAUAUCCACAGUAGGUCUAGGUACAAAACAGUACAAUUUGCAUAUGGAAGCUUCUUAGAGCUACACAGCCAGCCUACUAGACAGAAGUAGCGUAUAUAUAGCUUUAAAAAUUAAAUUCUACACCCACCUCACUGCUGCAUCACGGUGCUGGGCUAUGGGAUCCAACUGGCUGAACACCAAAGUCAGCUCAACGACAUUUCUGAAGUAUCUUAGCACUAACCUGUAGAGCUCCUCAGUAGCCAACAUCCUCCUGUCAUAUGUCAUAGCAUUGGUCAGCUGUGAGCAAUCUUUGACAAACAGCUGCUCCUGAGGGACACAUCCUGCUGCAUAUAAUGAGAAUUAAAACCCUGAUCUUUUCACCCACCCUACCUAAAUUGUGUCAGUUUAUAUCAGAUGGUCAUAGAGCUUUUCCUAAUCUAGUAAAUAAAAACACAACUUUGCUUUCAUUGUGUUCACCUCAUCUCAGUAUUUAGCCUUCCUAUCACCAGUGAUCCCAGCACCUAAAGGCAAAUCUCUUUUUUUAAACCUAUGAACACUUUUCUUUUUCUGCUUUUGCCCUCCCCCAUCCUUUCUUCAAGGAAGACAACACUGUCCUGCCAAGGAAGCUGUAUUAGCUCCCUGACUAUCUUAUGAUUUCAGUAGGGGUGCAAGAGCUAGAGCCACGAGGUUAUACCUAGUAAUAGGGAGGCAGAGGUAGUCUGAAACCCCAGUUCCCUACUGCUGGCACUUUGUGCAUGGGUGUCACUUGCUACUUGCUCAUUUCUGCACAGCUGCACUUGAGCUUGCCCUCACAAACAGCUAAAAUACAAUACUAAUGUAUGUGUUGCCUUCCUGAGCUCUGAUCCACACCUACAGUUGUCCCUGUUGGGGGAGGCUGCUGUGUAAAGAACAAGCAAGAGAGAGGCAUUUUGGGAGGAAACCACAUCAUGCCAGCAUUGCCCUUCUGAACCUUUGAUGGUAGCAGGCAAGGCUGUAAGGCAGCUAGUCUGGAUGGCUUUCUGGGCUGUGUAAUGAUUGUGAUCCUCCUAGAAAGAGCCUGCUAAUUAGCACUGUUACAAUAAGUGUAUCUGCAUGGCUGAAUAGUCCCUGGUUUCCUUAAGUGUUAAUUUUCAUCAUGACACUGUAAAUAACUUGCCCUUUGUUUUGCCUUUGCCAUCAGAAAGCUAUGCAUGAGAUAGGGGACAAAAAUAAAACUCACUUUCUCCAUAAAAGCACUUUA